ACGUGCUGGUGGCCCGGACCUUUGAGACGUUCUGAACCCUCCCGCUACAGCAGCGCGUUCCUCUUGGCCCAGCUUCCAAAGCUCUUGGCCACCGGGUCAUCCCUGCAGGCCCUACGGCCGCGGAUCCAGGAAACCCUCUACCCGCAGCCCAGCUGCUGAGUUUACAGUCCCUUGGGCUCUGGGCUCCAGGGUGCGCGUUCCCGCCCCGUGGUGGCUGUGCGGACGCCCCGACUUGCCGCGCAGGAGCGCUCGGUUCCUCUCCCGGUCCCAGAGCGCCGCAGCUGGGGCUCGCGGAACUAGCCUUCGUUUCCAUGGCAACGCAGUACACAAACACUAGCCCUAGAAGCUCGCGGCGAUGUGCUUCAGCAAAGCGGACACUGUGAAUAACUACUGUUUUGGAACAUGUCAACAGAGGAAACUUUUUCCUUACUUCCAUCCCCCAAAUUUGAUUGGGAACAAGUUUGUCCCUCUUAAGGGAUCACCUCACCGAGGGCCUGGGUGUUACUUACCAGAUGCAUAUGGCUUGGCAUACAACUUGUCUAAGAUCCCAACCAGCAUAAAAGGAUAUACUUUGGGAGCCAGAACAGCUGUGAGGUUUAAGCCAAUACAGAAGGAAAUAACACCUCACGCAGGCAUGUACCAACCAGUAAGUCCUCAGCUGGAAAAACACAAACAAAAUUUUGCUCCAUUUAAUGUCUUGGUGCCUCGAUUUAAGAACUACUCAAAGGACACUUACUAUCCCAGCCCUGGCACAUACAACCCAGAGAAGAAGCCACCUCCAAAAAUUUCCUGGCCAAUGAGAUUUGGAUCUCCAGACUGGGCUCAGGUUCCAUGUCUUCAGAAAAGAACCUUAAAAGCUGAGCUGUCCACAGACAAAGACUUUAGAAAGCAUCGGAACCGUGCGGCCUACCUAAGCCUGUAUUAUAAUUGAGCAGCGGUAACUACCUUCACGUGCUCCUCUUAAACACAGACUCUCCAGGACUGAGGACAGAGCUUUCUUCUUCUUCUGCAUUACUGUGACCUUCUUGUCUGGCAGUCUGGGACCCAGGGAGGGACAGGGGCUUAUAGCUGCUGCAUGAGAGCAUAAAGAUUAGUGUACAGUGCUUGUGGUGUGUAUGUGCGUGUCUGAGUCUGUGGGUUCCUGCUGGGUGGUGAGUUGGAUGAUUUCACUUUAUGAAAUAUUUUGGGCCCCUGCUUUCUAGUUCUAAUUCCCAGGUGCCAAUUUUAUAUAUUCUACCACUAGCCCUGGUCGUAGGAGGCUGUUAGCCUAUACAUAUCAAGGAUUUGGAUGGGAUUUGGGCUUGCUAGACACAGAAGACACUUCCAGGCAGAUUAAAACAUUUAUUGGCGCUCUGCCAGUUGCAUUCCUCAGCGUAGAGUGUGAAGGUCUUGAUUUGGUUGACUUACCCAGAUUGACAUAAAACUCAAAAACCAAAACUUGCCCAUUUCCCAUGACAUCAUCUACUUAGUCUGUCAGUCAACAUACAUAUUCAGGUCCUGCUACGUAUUGGGCAGAGUAGUAAGCACUGGGGAUAUGGCAAGAAUCAAACUUAUUUUUUAACUCCUUGGGCCUGGCUUGAAGUCAGAGGAGGACUCCUGGGGGAAGCUAGUGGAUUGGGUCUGCCCUCCAAUCUGAAUGACCCCCUAGAGCCUUUACAAGUCAGUCUAGGGUUAUAAAGGUCAGAAAAUAUAUAGCCCCAGACUGACUUGUAAACAGCUACAUUUAAAGUACUUACUCAGACACUCAGGCCUGAGAGUUAGAACCCUUUCCUUCCAGCACUAACUGAAAUAAUCAAGUAUAGUUUGUUCAGGAUUGGCAUUAAAUGUAAUCUAAUCUUGUAAUAGGAUGGCCCUUUAGUACCCACGUAGGCUUCUUUGUCAUAACCAGAAAAGUGGUAAGCCUGCAUGUGUCUGGAUACCAAAGACUGAGAAGCUGCCCAUGGCUGCAGGAGAGCACUAGCCUACUGUAACCCUUACGGCCACCCCCCGAUCAGUGAUAGCUGGGGAAAGGGCUAGCAAGAGGUGAAACCUCCUGGGCAUAUGAUGCUGGGGGCGCCUAACUUCUGAAAGGCCAAGUUCUUCUAAAACAAUAAUGGUGGUGAAGGACAGGAAAGUCUUGAUGGGAAAUCACCUAGGACAUAUUAAGAUAAUGAUAAACAUACUCAGCAAAAAACGUACCUAAUAUAUACACUUCUUUUAAUCUGAUGAUUUAAUGAUUUCUAUUAUCUUGUCAAGAAGUAUUUAUGACUUGAGAUAAGUCCGCAUUAAUUCUUAUCACCUCUCCUCCACAUCUCCUCCUUCCUCUCCUUUGUACCCACACCUGCAGACUUUUUCAGAGGUGACAAUUUAACAUUCAGUGGUUUAUUUUCUGAUUCAGGGUCUUAGGUCCCUUCUUUGGAGGAUAUUGAGGGGGUGGAGGUGGGGAUAGAACAUCUUUCACACUGUUUAGUACAUACAUUCAAAGACUUUUCCAGGGAAGAGAACUCUCUAAAAUAGUGAUCUGAUUUGAUGAAAGAUAAGAUUUUAAUAUAGCUUCAGUUAACCUUCAAGGUCCUUUAAGGUGCUAAAUUGUACAUAAAAGUAAUUAAGAAAGUACAAAUGAACAC